CUCGGAACCUGCAGGUUAUCGCGAGGUUUGAGGCUGCGCGCACGGCCCGGGCGGCUGCAAUAUGGCGGAGGCGGAAGGAGAGAGCCUGGAGUCCUGGCUGAAUAAAGCCACCAACCCUUGCAACCGCCAGGAGGACUGGGAAUACAUCAUCGGCUUCUGUGAUCAGAUCAACAGGGAGCUCGAAGGGCCGCAGAUAGCCGUCCGCCUGCUGGCCCAUAAGAUCCAGUCUCCGCAGGAAUGGGAGGCGGUCCAGGCCCUGACGGUGCUGGAGGCGUGCAUGAAGAACUGCGGGAGGAGGUUUCACAACGAAGUGGGAAAGUUCCGGUUUUUGAAUGAGUUAAUCAAGGUGGUCUCUCCAAAAUACCUGGGGGACAGAGUAUCUGAGAAAGUGAAGACCAAGGUCAUCGAGCUGUUUUAUAGCUGGACAUUGGCCCUGCCCGAAGAAUCAAAGAUCAAGGAUGCCUACCACAUGUUGAAGAGACAGGGCAUCGUGCAGUCUGACCCUCCGAUCCCUGUGGACAGGACACUGAUCCCCUCUCCACCACCUCGUCCCAAAAACCCUGUUUUCGAUGAUGAGGAGAAAUCCAAGCUUUUAGCCAAGUUGUUGAAAAGCAAAAACCCCGAUGACCUUCAGGAGGCCAACAAGCUCAUCAAGUCCAUGGUGAAGGAAGAUGAGGCUCGGACCCAGAAGGUGACGGAGCGUCUGCACACGUUAGAAGAGGUUAAUAAUAACGUGAAGCUGCUCAGUGAGAUGCUGCUUCACUACAGCAAAGAGGACUCCUCGGAGGCAGAUAAGGAGCUCAUGAAGGAGCUGUUUGAUCGGUGUGAGAAUAAGAGGUGGACGCUAUUCAAACUAGCCAGCGAGACAGAGGACAAUGACAACAGUUUGGGGGACAUCCUGCAGGCCAGUGACAGCCUCUCCCGGGUCAUCAACUCUUACAAAACAAUUGUUGAAGGGCAGGUCAUCAAUGGUGAGGUGUCCACCUCGGCCCUGCCCGACUCUGAAGGAAGCCACCACUCUGGCAACCAAGGCGUGCUCAUCGACCUGGCGGAGCUGGACGUGCCAAGUAGCGCAUCCCCAGUGUUGGCGCCGGCCCCCUCUGCACCUUCCUCAGGCAUCCCUGUCCUCCCUCCACCCCCCCAGACCUCAGGGCCUGUGAGCAGCCGCUCCUCCAGCCAGGUGGAAGCCCCCCCAGGGCCCGGCAACACAAGCAAUGCCCUGAGCUUGCUGGAUGAGGAGCUGCUCUGCUUGGGCCUCGCUGACCCAGCCGCCACAGCUCCUCCCAAAGAGUCCUCUGGAAACGGCCAGUGGCCCCUGUUCCAGAACGAGCAGUCAGACCUGGACUUCUUCAGCCCCAAGUCGGGGACUGCUGCCUGUAGCCCUCCAGACGGGCCUGUCCUCCAGCCCUCAGCAGCCCCCACCAGCAAUGCCCAGGCUCCACUGCUGCCCCCCUUCCCAGCUCCUGUGGUCCCAGCCCCUGUGGUCCCAGCCAGUGUUUCUGCCCAAAAAGCAGGCUUUUUCUUUUCCGCUGGACUGCCCCCAGCUUCAGCCCCAAAGCCUGAGCCCACAGCUUCUGGGUACCAUGGCUCAGCUUUGGGCGACAGCACCCUGAACAAGCUGGAUGCCCUCGAUCAGCUUCUAGAAGAAGCCAAAGUGACCUCAGGCCUGGUGAAACCUGUCGCCUCCAGCUUCUUUCCCGCAGCCACCACCUCCCCUGUGGUCCCUCCCGGCGCCUCAGCCAGGCCUUUCCUGCCGUUCUCCACAGGGCCUGGCAGCCCUCUCUUGCAGCCACCCGCCUGCCCAGCCCAGGGGAGCCCUGUGAAGGGGCCCGAGCUUUCCCUGGCUAGUGUCCAUGUGCCCCUGGAGUCUAUCAAGCCUAGCAGCGCCCUUCCUGUGACAGCCUACGAUAAAAACGGUUUCCGCAUCCUCUUCCACUUUGCCAAGGAGUGCCCGCCUGGACGGCCCGAUGUGCUGGUGGUGGUGGUAUCCAUGCUGAACACAGCGCCCUUGCCUAUCAAGAGCAUCGUGCUGCAAGCGGCAGUGCCCAAGUCAAUGAAAGUGAAGUUGCAGCCACCAUCUGGGACAGAACUGUCUCCAUUUAGCCCCAUCCAGCCACCUGCAGCCAUCACCCAGGUCAUGCUGCUGGCCAAUCCACUGAAGGAGAAGGCAAGGCUUCGGUACAAGCUGACUUUCGCCCUGGGGGAGCAGCUGAGCACAGAGGUGGGUGAGGUGGACCAGUUCCCUCCUGUGGAGCAGUGGGGCAACCUAUGACCCAGGAGGACACUGUCAUCUCCACUUUGAAGACCAAGCAGGUGGCCCUGAGACUGGAGGGCUGAGUCUAGUCGUUCACGUCCUGACUGCAGUGCGUAGAGGUUCGGUACGGGGCAGGGGCCCUGGGCAUUGCCACCAGGGCCCGAGAUGCUGCUGUGAUGGUCUCUCCUCCUUUGGCCCCUUAAAAGGACCCAGUUUUAUCUACCUGUGUGACUUGAAGUGGCCAUGCACUGUGGGGUGGGCUGUGGCCCCAGACCCUGCACCGUCCCCUGGGGACACGGACCCAAGGUUUGACUAGGUUUCCCCAUAUGCUCACAUCCCUCAGUGCCACAGGGAGGUCGUCUCUGAAGAGCCUUGUGGGCCCUCCUCAAGGACCAUGUCCUCACACCCCGACCCGCUCCAAGGCCUCAGCUCUCCCACACCUGCCAUGCUGCUCUGUGCUCCCCCUGCUGGCAGGCUGCUACUCCUACCUCCAGGGAGGGGGUGAAGCCCAGAGGUUCCCAGUGGGCCUGGGCACAGAGAAAGGAGUUGUGCUGCCUAUCAUUGGCAGCAUCAGCCUGGAAGGGCCACUGGAUGAUAAGUGUGUGCUUGUCCCUGGUGGUGGCAGGCAGUGUCCUAUGGACAUCUCAGCAGGAUGCACAACUCAGCCUGUUAGAAACCAACCUGGGCCUCGGGGCAGGCUGAAUGAGGCUGGGAGAGAACGUGGAAGAGAACCGGUGCUUCCCCUGGGAGAAGUGCGCCUCACAGUGGGAACCGGCCCGCCUACUCACUACCUCUUGCUUGGCAUGAAACGGACUGCUGUCCUGCCCUUCGAGUUUCUGACACCUGCCCCUCUGCGUCCUCUUGCUUUGGCCUCUCCCCCAUCCCCUCAGACAGCCUGUGACACAGUAAACAGACUGGAACAGAAGGCCUCGGGGUCAGACGUGCUAGACUUACCUGCUGUGAAAACGGCACCCGGCUGCUGAAGGGCGCUGUCAGCGAGAUGUUGGGUCUGCAGGUGGUGAGAUUGGGGGCUGUGCUGCAGUUGAGUCACCGGCCCUAUUGCUUCAACAGUGCUCAUCCCAGCCAGCUUGUGCUCGCCUCUGGGCUUCCUGGGAUGGCAGGACAGUGAGAACCGCCAGCUGGGGAAGUGGCACAGCUCACCAGAGCCCAGCUGGAUGGGCUCAGCCGUCUCCAUGGACGGUGGCACAAGCCUUGCUCCCUGACCCUCCCUGUGCCUUGCCCGGCUUCCUGCCUCAAUCCAGAGGUCACCUUCCCCCUCCCCUCCAUCUGUAUCAAGCAGGUUUCACUGCUUCACUAGGAUAGGUCAAAAGUGAAUUGAUUUCACUACUUAAGGAGUAAAUCCAGGAGCUUUCCUGAGACCAGCUGCUGCAGCCCUGGGAAGUCUGUGGGGUUACUCCAUGGAAACGCACCUUUAUAUAAGCUUUAGACAUUAAAAUUAUUUAUGAGUGUUACUGUUGGGGUCGCUGUUUUGUGACAGCUAUACUGGAUAUACCGAUUCUGCUGCCCUUAUUUUGCUGCAUGUUAAAUAAAAUCAUUUCCACCCUG